GAGCUCAGUGUGGCUCUGUACAGGCAUCUCCUUGGCCUCCAGGAGAGCGAAGGCAGCCUGGACCAGCCUGCAGCUGGAAAGGAUCUGAACCUUCUGUGCUGCGACAUCGACCCGGCGUUGAUCGAGAGGGCUCAGCAGUGCAGCCCCUUCCCGGCCUCCAUCUCCUUCGCCAGCCUGGACAUCAUGGACUCAGGCGCCAGGGAGCCCUUCCUGAGCUCCUUCCUGGGCCGUUUUGGCCGUUCUGCUUUCGACAUUGUGUUUUGCAUGUCGGUGACCAUGUGGAUCCACCUGAAUCACGGCGACACUGGCCUGGUGGAGUUCCUGUCCUUCCUCUCCUCUCGGUGCAGGUACCUGCUGAUCGAACCUCAGCCCUGGAAGUGCUACCGGGCGGCCGCCCGCCGCCUGCGCAAGCUGGGCAGGAACGACUUUGAUCACUUCCGAUCUCUCGCCAUCAACGGGGACAUGGCGGAGAGGAUCACGCAGAUCUUGACACAGGACUGCGCCAUGGAGCUGGUGCGUUGCUUCGGGAGCACCAGCUGGGACAGGAGCCUCUUGCUUUUUAAAUCAACCAGCUCAAAUCUCGAGGGCAGGGAGACUUCGGCACAGGAGCCUCGGUGA